AUGGAAUCCUGCAAAGUACGAGGACCAUCUUUGCUAACGCUGGCAGAUCUGAAGAAUUACUUACGCACGGAGCCGUUAUAUUUCCAAGUGUUGGAAAAUUACCUGCACAAUGCGGCAAAUUUAAUUAACGAGUUGAGAGCGAAAAUGGAAAGAAAUGAGCGACAAACUCAUGAAGAACAAGUUACGCUCCAUCUCCUCGAGCGCAAUCAAGUGGAAACUUGGCAAGAAAAAUCAGUGCCAUCACUGGUUGAUGAUGAUGGCAAUUUGGAAGAGGAGAUGGAGGUGGUGGUGAGUGAGCCAUUCCUCAACGAGGAAGUUAUCAAUGUGGCACCACCGGCAACAGUCUCAGAUCGCAGAGAAAUCGAAACAGUCAUUUUCAAUUAUGCAAAUGUGACAAAGAGUGUUUGUAGUGCAAUACGAUCUCGGACUAUAAGAGUCCCAAUGCUGGAGCAGGACAGAAACAACGAAGUACCAGCAGGCCCGGCAGUCUUCCAAGUGCCAUCACUGGAGGCUUUACCGGCACAUUACCGACGAGCGCUGGCUGCUCCAGAAAUCGACCCAUACAUGGUGACAAAGAAGGUUGAUGGGUCGACUGCAAUCGGAUGUGGCUUUUGCCAGAAAGAAUUUGGGACGUUGAAAGGAUGGCGGAUUCAUGCCAGCAGAACUCUUAGGCAGAAUGGUUUUUGUCAAAAAUGCAACCAUUUUGUUAAAAUGCCGCAUGCAGCCUCUACUGAAGUGAUCGAGGCUGUUAUGGAGUUUCAUUCUAUGGAAUGGUGCCCUAAAGUGACUAAGGUUGUAGUCUACGAAAGGACUGCCAAAGGACGGAAGCUCGAGCUAGUGGGUAGAAUCGAAGACGCCAAGCGCUACUUUAUCCCUGAUAAAUGA